CAGUGUGGAAAUAAUGUGAAGGCCACCGUUUGUUCCCUCUCUUAUAUUUAUAUAUGUCAAGGGAAUUUAAGAGGGAACAAAGAGCACCGAAGAAAAUGGGAGAGUCCAACCCCACCAUGCUGUUCCUUUUCUGUGUCCUCAUCUCCUUCUCUUUAGCACCCGCUGAUGCUGAUGGUAGCGUCCCAGCACUGUUCGUGUUCGGCGACUCCAUUGUUGACAGUGGCAACAAUGUAUUCGUUCUGAACUCGACGGCCGUCGCAGAUUUCCCACCAUACGGCGUAGAUUUCUUCGCGGCCACCGGCAGGUUCACCAACGCGCGGAUCUUGACUGAUGUUCUGGGUCAGCUUCUGGGCCUGCCGGAUUUGAUCCCUUGCAACUUGGCUCCAUAUGCCAAGGGGGAGAAGAUCCUUCAUGGACUCAACUAUGCAUCUGCUGGGUCUGGGAUCCUCGACAACACCACUACUGGUGCAAUAGUGAUACCACUGAAUGACCAGAUUGCAUUCUUUGAGAACUCGACGCUGCCGGAGUUGGAAGCGCUGCUGGGAGAAAACCUCACUUCAUAUCUUGCUAGCAGCAUCUUCGCAUUCAACACCGGCGCCAACGACUACAUCACCUACUGCUUCGGCACAACGCUUACUUGCGACCUCCCCAAGUUCACCGACUACCUCAUUUCCGUGUUUGCCGGACAACUCAAGAGGAUGUAUAGCUACGGAGCCCGGAAGUUUGUGUUGUACUCGACGGAAGCAUGUGGCUGCACGCCGGUGGUCCGAAGCAUGGGCGACGGCAGUUGCAAUGAAUUGUACAGCUACGGGGCCAUCUUAUUCAACACUCUCUUGAACUCUUCCAUUGACAAGCUCAACGAGGAGUUGCCGGGCUCCAGUUUCGUCUUUGCCAACGUCUAUACUCCACUAAUGGAAAUUAUAGCCAACCCAUCAACUUAUGGAUUCGAAGUGGUGGCGUCGGGAUGCUGUGAGACCUCUACUUCAAGUGGUGGCGAUGUGUGUGUGGAGAACGGGACUGUAUGUGAUGACAGGAGCGUAUACGUCUACUUUGAUGGAGGACACCCAACUGACAGAGUCAAUGCCAUCCUCUCCCAACUGGUUUACUCCUCCAACCUCACAUCUAUUGCCUACCCCUUCAAUGUCCAGCAGUUAGCAAGCAUCAACGCUUCCGCUUCUGCUUCUUCCGCCAUUCUAGAGCCUUCUGAAAGCUUGGUGUCCCAUGGGAGGGACGUCCAGUAGGGAUUCUUCUCUAUGUCAGUGAGACAACAGGGCCUUGAGGUUCAUAAUCUAGUUAUUGAGAUCUGUAAUAGGAUAAUGGAUUCCCCUUGAACUUUCUCUUCUUUUGGGCAGCAAAGCACAUCUUCUGCAAUCUAUCAGUACAUCAGGAAGCUUUCUGAUUUGCUCAA